CAGGGUCUGAUUACCUGUGCAGGUGUUCUCAUUAUCUCUCCAGACUGUGUUGAGCUGUGUUCAGGCUGGUCGCUGGUUCGGAUCAUGGGGAGUCACGGAUACAGAUGCAGAUCCUCUCCUGGUGAAUCUUCAUUUUCACCCUAUGAAGGAAAAUCAAAGAGAUCUCGGAUAUUGUGCAUGAUGCCGUGUACGGUGUCUCAGCUCAGAUCCGCCUCAGAGCAGAAAGAUUCCUUCUUUAUAAACGGACUCGAGAUCAACCAGGUGUCUGUGGUGGGGAUCAUCAGAAAAUAUAAACCCUAUGUGGCGUAUGUGGUUUACACGCUGGAUGACAUGACUGGAGCUCCUCUAGAUGUGAAGCAGUGGGUGGAUCUUGAGGACGCCAGUAUGAACAGUUACGUUAUUCCUCCCGGCUCAUAUAUCAAAGUAGUGGGCAGCCUUCGCUCCUUUCAGCAUCAGAGAUCACUGGUGGCUUUCAGUAUCCGCCGGCUGGAGGACCUGAAUGAGAUCACCUCACACAUGCUGGAGGUGGUUCAGGCCCAUCUACUGAACAUCAGCAGCUCCUGCAGUGCGGUAAAGAAUAAGUACAUGACUAAAGAAAACCUGUCUAAUGCAAACGACUUAACUGCAUACGGGUUUACCGCCAAUCAGAACCAGGUCUUUAAUCUGAUUAAGAGCUGCUCUUUGGCCGAGGGCAUCAGCGUCCAGAACCUGAGAACCGCGCUGAAGUACAUGUCCCUCUACGACAUCAGGAAUUCCCUGCAGUUUCUUAUAAACGAAGGCCACAUUUUCUCUACAGUUGACGAAAAUCACUUUAAGGCUACUUACUGAAUAAUAUCUGGGUCUUUCUGAAUGUUGAACCUGUAUUAUAGUUUAGUUUGUUAUUAUACAUUGUUUACAUUAAUAUAAAUUUGUGUUUUUUGAUUUAUAGUUUUGUAUUUUUGUUAAAAAAACUUUGUAAAAUAAUUUCUGCCCUUAUUUUCUACAGUGUGUGUAAACAGGCCUGUCUUAUAAAUGAUGCAGUCAGUAGAUUAAUAAUACUAAUGUAGUGUACAUGAUCCUGGAAUAUGGAGACAGUGAAAUGUGUUUAUUUACUAUUGAAAUAUUAUGGUUGAUAAUUAAAAGUGGGAAGAAAAUAAUUGUACAUAGAAAAAAGUAAAAUUGUACCAGAUUUGCACCACUGAGUGUUUAUUAUUUUUGUGUGGAAAUGUUUCUGCUUUCAGGCUUAAUUUAAUUCUGUUCUGUUGAAAAUCUGCACUGUGUUGAUUAAUAAAGAUCUUAAUAUAC